AUGACAAUGGCGCGGGGCGAUACUAAAGCCUUCGAACGCUUUACGCUAACGACCGACUACUACGAAGACUACGAAAGUAUGAACAACACUCUGCUAUCUACUUGCCUGCGGAGGCAAGCGCGCACGCGCACGCGCAGACUCCACGCCCAACCACACAUCGCCACUCUGCAGAUGAUCCCCGAGCUCGAGGAGGACGCCGCCUCCAGCUCAGGCUCCCGGGCAUCGUCGCCCGCGCCGCGCUCCGUCAAGGCCAGCCGCCGGCAGGGGAACGUCAAGCUGUCGGACAUACGCAUUGUGAGGGAUAUCGACGUGUCGUGUGGGAGCGGGGAGGAGAGGUGGGUGUCGUGGGCGCUGGAGGGGUACGGGGAGCUCGAUUUGUGUUCGCCGCGCCCGGCGCCGUCGCCCCCUUCGUCGCCGUCCUCGCAUUCCUCGUUGUCGCCCCCGUCGUCGCCACCGUCUGCAUCUGAUGAAGAGGACUUUUUCGCGAGUCAGCAGCUCCAGCGCAUCCUCCCGCUUUCUAUCACGAAAAUCAACAGGCCCCUUCCCCAGGAGCCACAAUCCGUCACAGAGCAGCAACGAGAGUCAGACGACGCGGAUGAAGACGAGUUUGACGUUUCCGCCUACUACUCGUCGCCAUCUUCCGACGAUGAAAGCAGCGACGACGAGGCAGGGUACUACACACGCGAGCUGCAAGAUAUCCUCACUCUAUUCCCCCUCUCCUCUGCUUCCAUGCCCUCGCCAACUACGAUUGCACGCCCCGAAUCUAUGAUUUUCCCUUCGUCUACAAGUACUAAUGAAAAGCGGGCGAGUCGACCCCUGCCCACGCCUCCCCGCUCUUCCUCUUCCACACCAUCAUCCUCUCCUUCGCCGUCGCCUACGACAUCCAAACGUUCAAGCACGGGCAGGACUUACGUCAUCCCAUCGCGCCCUCCUCCUCCACCCCCAACCCACCAGCGACGCCGCCCGCCGCCCCGCGUAUCCGUCCCCUCCGACUUUGACCUCGACUCCAACACCUACGAAUUCGAGUUCGAUGACGCAACGUCUCCCUUCCCCCCAUCGCCGCUCUCCAUCGUCACCCCGCCCUCGCCCUCGCCUUCCGACCAGUCCGACGUCGACGUCGACUUCCCGCUCGCCGACAUGGACAUCCGUUUCGAGCUCGACGUGGAUAUCGAUCUGGACGUGGACAUGGACCACCCGCUGUGCUUCCCCGAGUCCCUGCCCGUCACCCCCAUGUCCCCCGCCACCUUCGACGCCUACCACAACGACGAGUACGCCCUCGACAGCACGCACCACGAUUCUGACCUCCUCCCGCCCUCGCAGACGCUCAAAUCCCGCUGGAGCUCGUCCACGCUCUCGUCGACCUACUCCCAGCACUCCCCCGCCUCCCCCAAGCACAAGAAGAAGCACUCGCGCUCAGGGUCUGUGCUCUCCGCGUCCAAGCUGAAGUUGUACUUCAGCGGUGGAGGGCGGAAGAGCCUGGACGCGAUGCCCUCCACCCCGCGCACGCCCUCGACGCCACGCACCCCGAUGUCGCCCAGGAUGGCGUCGGCCUCGCGGGUCCCGUCGACGCCGAGCACACCCAUGACGCCCAGGACCCCGCUUUCGUACAGGUACGAAAGCCCCCCGCCUACCACGCACCGUCCUGCCCAUGCGCACACGCACACACACGAGUACGCCACCCGCAAGAUCCGCCGGAGCGCCUCCGUGACGUCGCACCACUCCCUCUCGUCGUCGUCGUCCUGCUCCUCGAGCGGGUGCAGCGACGUGAGCAGCGCGAGCAGCAGCGGGAGUGGGCUGCGGAGGAAGCCGAUCCCUGUCGAGAUGUUCUUGAGGAACUGA